AUGUCGGACUGGAGGAACUACAUCAAUGUUAUACUGAAGGACAAGAACGUGGAAGACGCUGCCAUUGUGGGCCACGCCAACAACAAGGCCGUCUGGGCUUCCAAACCCGGCGGCAUAUUGGCUGCCAUCUCCCCGCAGGAGGUCAGCACGCUAAUAGGGAAGGACCGCAAGACCUUCCUACAAACAGGCAUCACCAUCGGAGGGAAGAAAUGCUCCAUCAUCAGGGACAACCUCCUGGUCAACAACGACGAGGUGAUGGAUGUUAGGAUGAAGGGCGGACAAGGCAAGAGCAUCUGCAUCGGCAAAACCAACAAGAUCAUGGUGUUCAUCAUGGGCAAACGAGGGGUCCACGGGGGACUCCUCAACAAGAAGGUCCAUGAAAUGGACAACUAUCUGAAGGAGAAGGGGUUUUAA